CCACACGAUAAAGUUAGUUCAGUCUCUAAAGUAGAAAUCAGAAGAGAAAAGGGAAAAAUACUUUACCUGUUUAUAUAAACAAUAUUUUUGUGGAGAUGGUAAAUACAUUAAAUGUAGUGCAAACAGUACUGCUGAUUUUGGCCAUCAGUGAUUUGUGUUGGACAAGGUACUUCCUUCUGAAUGAAGACAAAGAAGUUAUCCAACCACAAAUGGAGAACAUUGAAAACGACGAAGAUUUAUGGUUACCACUAGAAGAAAUUCAAAACCAGGUUCCAUCCAGUCAAUUCCAGAGCAGACAUCGAAGGAUAUCAUUACCGAACAUACCGAGAGUGGACGGAUUAUCUGCUCCCGUCUCCAAACGAAAAGCCUUACCCUGUUUCUUCAGCAUUGUUGCUUGUUAUGGAUAACGACCGCAUCCAUGUCUUCUUGUAUGAACACUGCCAUUUUAUUCAUAGACAACAUAACUGUUUCUGUGAAAUAAGAAUACCUGAUCAUUUUACGACAUUAUAUUUUGACAUGAACAUUGAUACAUAGAGACACUAUUUGUUCAUUCUAUAUUCAACUCUGUUCAAGAUCUCUUUCUUAAGAAUGCCUUAUACUUUCAUAAAUUAUCAAAAUACAACAAUUUAAAGAAGAACCUGUUGACAGUAGGGUCAUCUUAAAUGCUAGUCCAGCAUCGACUGACAAUAAGCAUUUCAUGAACUAAAACUUGAGAGAAAUCAGAUUUUAGUUUAGCUUGUCUGCAUAUAAUUUUGUUUUUUUAAAACUGUGUUAUGCUAGGCGAUAGUUAAGAACAAAAGUUUAUACAUUCAUUGCAAAGAUGCAAAGGAUUGUGCGUUCUUUUUUUUUAUUCAUGGCAGAUACCGUCUAUAACAUAUCUACUUUUCUAAUAAAUCAAUGCAAUACUCAUCAAUAUCAUUUCAUUUGAUUUUCUCACCAUCUACACAUUCAGCAUCAUUUAGAAAUAAAUAAAAUUACAUAAGAUACAAUACAUGUACACUGUUCAUUCAAAUU